UCCUUGUGUCCUCAAGGGCACCCCUGUGCCAGCAAAUGCCACUAACCCAGCAAACCAGGAUUGGCCCCUGCAGCAAUUAUUUUUGUUUCCCACACCUCCUCUUCCCCGUCUCGUAUUACCUGAGCUCCUCUCAGGGCACCAACUUGCUGUUCCUUUUGCGCUCUGGGCUCGCUGCAGGCAGCAGGACGUCCCUACCUCCAGCUUCAAGCUCUCUGCACUGCAAAGAUGAGAGGUUUAUACUGCAAAGUAGCAUCAGAUGGGCUCAGAAGGGUAGACAACCUGCACGGUCUGUGGCAUCUCUAGUGUUGGAGGCUUUUAAGAGCUGUCAGAGAACUGUCUGUCAGAGAGGAAUGGCUGGCACCUUCUGCCGUCUGCUGGCCGGCCGUGCCUCCACCGCACUGUUUGCAGCCGCGGGCACAGGGGUGCUGACCACGGGCUACCUCCUAAACCAGCAGAAUGUGAAGGCUGCUGUGCAAGAGAAGAGGAAGCUCUUCCCUCCGAGCGCGGACUAUCCUGACCUGCGCAAGCACAACAACUGCAUGGCUGAGUGCCUCACCCCCGGCAUCUACUCCCGGCUUCGAGACAAGAUGACCCCCAACGGGUACACCCUGGACCAGUGCAUCCAAACUGGGGUGGACAACCCUGGUCACCCUUUUAUUAAGACGGUGGGAAUGGUGGCAGGGGAUGAGGAGUCCUACGAGGUGUUUGCUGAGAUUUUUGACCCUGUCAUUAAAUCGAGACAUAAUGGCUAUGAUCCACGGACAAUGAAGCAUCACACUGACCUGGAUGCAUCCAAGAUCACCCAUGGGCAGUUCGACGAGCGCUACGUGCUCUCCUCGCGGGUGCGGACUGGGCGCAGCAUCCGUGGGCUCAGCCUCCCUCCCGCCUGCACCCGGGCCGAGCGCAGGGAGGUGGAGAACGUGGUGGUCACUGCGCUGUCUGGGCUCCGGGGGGACCUCUCGGGCAAGUACUACAGCCUGACCACCAUGACUGAGCGGGAGCAGCAGCAGCUCAUCGACGAUCAUUUUCUCUUUGACAAGCCAGUGUCCCCCUUGCUAACAUGUGCUGGGAUGGCACGUGACUGGCCAGAUGCCAGAGGAAUCUGGCAUAACAAUGAGAAGACAUUUCUCAUCUGGAUUAAUGAAGAGGACCACACCAGGGUGAUCUCCAUGGAGAAGGGUGGCAACAUGAAGCGGGUGUUUGAGAGGUUCUGCCGUGGUUUAAAAGAGGUGGAGAGAUUAAUUAAGGAACGUGGCUGGGAGUUUAUGUGGAACGAGCGUCUCGGGUAUGUCCUGACCUGUCCUUCCAAUCUGGGCACUGGUCUGAGAGCUGGAGUCCAUGUGAAGCUGCCCAGGCUGAGCAAGGACCCCAGGUUUCCCAAAAUCCUGGAGAACCUGCGCCUGCAGAAGCGUGGCACUGGUGGAGUAGACACAGCAGCCGUGGCUGAUGUGUACGAUAUCUCUAACCUGGACCGCCUCGGCCGCUCAGAGGUGGAGCUAGUCCAGAUUGUCAUUGACGGGGUCAAUUACCUCGUUGACUGUGAGAAGAAACUGGAAAGAGGUCAAGACAUCAAGGUGCCACCUCCGCUGCCUCAGUUUUCCAGGAAAUGAUGUUGCUGCUGAUUGUAGCAACUGAUGGUAAACUGGUGGCUACCAUUCUGAUGGGAAGGCACCUCUGUAUAUGUCUGUAUAAAUAUGUUGUGUAAUAAAAUACUACCUGAUACC